AUGGCUCCAACGAGCCCGCCAGCCCCCGUGGAAGUCACAUACAGGAACAUGAGAUUUCUUAUUACACACAGCCCAACCAGUGCAACCUUAAACAAGUUUAUAGAAGAACUUAAGAAACACGGAGUUACUACAAUAGUAAGAGUAUGUGAAGCAACCUACGACACUGCUCUCGUGGAGAAAGAAGGCAUUCAGGUUCUGGAUUGGCCUUUCGAUGACGGGUCAUCGCCAUCUAACCAGAUUGUCGACGACUGGUUGAGUCUCGUACACAUUAAAUUUCGGGAAGAACCUGGCUGUUGUAUUGCUGUCCACUGUGUUGCGGGUCUUGGGAGAACGCCAGUGCUUGUUGCCCUAGCACUAAUUGAAGGUGGAAUGAAAAAUGAAGAUGCAGUACAGUUUAUAAGACAAAAGCGGCGUGGAGCUUUUAACAGCAAGCAACUUUUGUAUUUGGAGAAAUAUCGUUCUAAAAUGCGGCUGCGCUACAAAGACUCCAGUGGUCAUAGAAACAACUGUUGCAUUCAAUAA